UGUGAGUAAGGAAGGUCGCGACAUAGCCGUGUACUCAUCAGAAAUAUACUAAGCUUAUUUGUAUUAAGACGUACAUAGAAGUUGUAUUUAAUUUUCGAUCCGUUAUACCAAUUUGAUGUUAUUCCCUCAACUUGAGUACGUACCUUAGCCAAUUAAGUGUGAGCAAAAAACGUCCAUCUGCUGAUUCCGAGAACAUUAUACGGACAGGAAACAAAUCUAAGUCAUUUGUGGCUUCGAUGCGUAGUGUUUGUAGUGCCAAAACGUUUUAUAGAGCGUAAAUAUAUUGGAAUAAACCUUUAAAGUGCUGUAAAUAACACAAGAAUUGUUUUUUGAACUAUCUUCAGUACAUUGUGUUUAUAGACGGAUAUAUUUAUAUUGUAAUCGACAUAACUGCGACUCAUAUAAAAUGGAUUUCAGAGUAAAGUUCCUGAUGCUGUGGAUAUUAUGUGUCAGCAUAGAGUUGACUGCAAGUAUGCCUUCUCAAACUGUGAACACCAGGACCAAAAGAUCACCAGCAAAUAGUUUUUCUGUAUUUGGAUUGAAUUUAGGAUCCGCUUUUUCAGCAACAAAACAAGCGGCUAGUGAUACCUACACAGGUUUUGAAAAUAUAUUUACCGGUAAUAACUACAACAAUCGUAAGCAAAUAAUAGAACCUCCUGGCAUCAUAAAUCCAAAUCAUCUCUUUAAUAUGUUGCCUGCAGGAAGACCAAACAAAAACAUUGUACCUCCUACUACACAAAACAGUAUCCCAGAAGUAAACAAAAUUGUUUUGCCACAACAAAGUCAAACUCAAGUUAAUAGAAACACUAAUAUUGUAACUGAAAAGUCACCAACACCAAACGAUCAGCCAAACACAACAACAGAACCACCUGUAGAUGUUAAAAAUGAAGUAAAGGAGAAAAGUACCGAAACUAAAAAUAUUGAAAAGGAGAUUGAUAAAGAACUGUUGGAUUAUAUUUUUAAAACUGAACCUACUGAUUACAAUACCGCUACCGAUAGUAAUCUCGACAAUUCCAUUGAUUACACAACUUCUACCGACGAAUUCGAAACUACUACAAUUUGUACAUUGGACAACCGAAUUCAACCAGCGGUUGUGGCCACCCUUCUAGGAUAGUUAGGGAUCGCAUUGGCCAUAACAAACCUGUGUAUGAAGAUAAGACUGGAAGAAUUUCGAAACAUCCUCCAUGUUGUUCAUCAUUAUUUCGACAAUUUUUUCUCCAUCCUUAUCGUAUUCUUCAUAAAGAAGACUUUCGACUGUAGCUAGGCGUGGGUCUUGAUCUUGGUUCUUCUUACCUCUUCUUUUUUUCUUUGAACUCUGUCGUAGUAUUUGUUUGUUUAUUAUUAGAACACGUCUCUUUACUAUUGCUGACGUCGUUUUAUUAACUGAUCUGAAUGUUACAUUCUCAUUCUCAACUACAGUUGGCUCUGUAGUAACAUUAGAUCCGUCAAGCAGUUCAGUGGUAGCGGUUGGAUUAUAGCUUGUGGAGACUAUAACUGUUGUCAUGUCAAUUGAAUCGGUUCCAAUUCUGUUAGGAAAAGUCAUUACGAUAUGAAUUCAAUUCAGUAUUAACAGAUACUUAAAUUUUAAGGAUACCAAAAAUCAAAAGUGCAAGAAAAAAUAUUUAUUUCAAAUAGACCAGGAAGAUACUUUUGAACAUCAAAACAAAUAUAAUAAUAUUUCAAAUGUAUGUCUGUCUGUCGGUCAGUCCUCUAGUGAAGCUAUUUGCUCGUUCCAAAGUGUAGAUUUCAAUGGAAAAGAACGAGCAAGAAUACCUGAUACACUCGAUACCUGAUACCUAAAUUGAUUUUUUUAAUAACUUACCCAUCUUCAGUUGGUUCCAGAGUCGUAACUGGUACGGUAUUAUUGCAAAAUACAGGCAGAAUUAAAGAGCUAAUAACCUGCAAAAAUAAAUAGUUAAUUUGUAAUAAUAGAAUAUGUUACUUUUUAAAUUUAAAUUAUUUCUUACUUACAACUAGACAUUUUAGGUAAAUCAUUUUAACAGACGUUUGAAUUGGUCUUUUUAAUUCAUCAACAUCAUUACUUUGAACUAACUGUAUGGAAGUUGUUAUCAAAAUGAAAUUUCCAUAAAAAUUAUAGCCUCAUUAAACAACAAUCAAAUGAGAAAAUCGUUUAGGUAGUAUAAAAAUGCAUUACUCGUUAAAGAUUCGUAAAUUCAGUAAUUUCUAGAAAAAUGCUAUACUAUUAUUGCUACUAUUAAUAUAAAAAAUACACUAACUACUAUGAUUCUCUUUCAGACAUUUCUAUUUAUUUUGGAAGCUAUUAAGCAAGCUGUUUACAUCCUUAGUCUGUGGCUUUCACCUAUUUAUCUAAUUGAAAUGAAAUUAUUUUGUUUUUAAUUUCAUUCAUUAAUUUAUAUUAUUAUGUUAUUUCAGUUUCUGUAUCGUAAAUUAUAUUUUAUAAUGAUUUUAGAUCCUAAAAAUGUAUAAUAUUUUACAAGCAAAAACAGAAAUAAAGUUAUCUCUUAAUA